UCUUUUUCGGAAUUCUGAAGACUGAGGGCCAGGCCCUGUCCGACCGUCUUCACAGUUUGGCAAGAACAGCACAACCAACGAACCAACCCGGAGCCCGGAGAAGGAACCGCCGGGCAUAGCAUAUUCUCUCCUCCCCCUCCGGUUCUCCCUCCAAACACAGCGCCCUGAAAGCGACCGCCAGGCCGCAGGCGAGGCGAGGGAGAGGGAGGCGCCCACUCUUCUUCCUUGCCGCGCACCAGCCGUACGUUUCCUGGAUCUUCCAGUCUCUCCCAUUUCGUUCGCCCAAUCCCUCCCUCUCCUCGCGUUUAGAGCUCCCUGGAAGGUUCAUGGGGAGGAGGUGCACCGGCGUGGUGGCUCUCAUCAUACUCUUGCUCUCUGUUGCUUCUCACGGAAGAGAGCUACCUGUCAAGAAGAGUGACCAGAGUUUUGUCUACAAUCACACUCUUGCAAAGACUAUUGUGGAAUAUGCUUCAGCGGUGUAUAUGUCAGACUUAACUGCUCUUUAUACAUGGACAUGCUCGAGAUGCAAUGACUUGACUCAAGGCUUUGAGAUGAGAUCUCUAAUUGUUGACGUGGAGAACUGCUUGCAGGCGUUUGUUGGUGUAGCUCAUAAUCUAAAUUCAAUUGUCGUUGCAAUCAGAGGAACUCAAGAGAACAGUGUACAGAAUUGGAUCGAGGACUUGAUAUGGAAGCAGCUUGAUCUAAGCUAUCCAAACAUGCCGAAUGCAAAGGUGCACAGAGGAUUUUUCUCCUCCUAUAAUAAUACAAUUUUGCGUCUAGCUAUCACAAGUGCUGUUCACAAGGCAAGAAAAUCAUAUGGGGAUAUCAAUGUCAUAGUGACAGGCCACUCAAUGGGAGGAGCCAUGGCUUCUUUUUGUGCACUCGAUCUUGCUAUGAAACUGGGAAGUGACAGUGUGCAACUCAUGACGUUCGGGCAGCCUCGUGUUGGCAAUGCUGCAUUUGCCUCAUGCUUUGCCAAAUAUGUACCCAACACCAUUCGAGUGACACACGGACAUGAUAUCGUGCCACAUUUGCCACCUUAUUUCUCCUUUCUUCCCCAGUUGACAUAUCACCACUUCCCAAGAGAGGUAUGGGUCCAGGAUUCUAAAGGCAACACAACCGAGCAGAUUUGUGACAACAGUGGUGAAGACCCAGACUGCUGCAGGUCGGUCUCCAUGUUCAGCUUGAGCAUUCAGGACCAUUUCACCUACCUGGGAGUCGAUAUGCAAGCAGAUGACUGGAGCACCUGUAGAAUCAUUGCAGCUCAAAGCGUUAAGCAAUUCCGAAAGGAGCUUACCAGCAAUAUUAUCACGACAAAGCACAAUGCCGACAUCUCCAUUGUUGAACCUAGCGUACACAGAUUGGAGCAGUUCUAGAUAGCCACAGCAUUCCGUAGAAUAUGCAAAUUCAGAGCGAAAAGCAAAGCCCUGCUUUUCUCUGGAAGAUGAAGACCAAAGUAGUUCAGCUGGAGGAUUUCGUUCAGAUUGGGAUGCAAGCAAUGCUCUUGAUGUCUUGUAAAUGUGUAGGCCGUAGAUAUGUACAUAAGCAAGAUAGAUUCAUAGCGUUAUAGGCCAUCGCUUCUGUUGCCUGUUGGAUGAUGAUGAUGAUAGAAUGCUCUGUAAAUGCACGCUGUAAACUUGCAAUAAAGUUAAGAGUAAUCCCAUUCGUACA